UACCAGCUGAAGUCCCGGACAGGACAGCACAAUGCAGAAGCUUGUGGUGGGAGCUCUGCUCCUCUCUGUUCUUUCAGGAUGUAUAUCAGAAUCAGAUAUGGGCGAAAAGGUGUUUCUUUUCCCUCAAGAAUCUGACACUGCCUAUGUGUCCCUGAUCCCCCAGGUGAAGAAACCACUGCAGAACUUCACACUGUGUCUGAAGGCCUUCUCCGACCUCACCCGUGGUUACAGCCUCUUCUCCUACAACACUCGGACCCAAGACAAUGAAGUGCUUCUCUUUCUGGAAAAAGUGGGAGAAUACGGGUUCUAUGUUGGGAAUAAGGGUGUCAUUUUCAAAGUACCUCCAAAGCCUCAUGACCCAGCCCACAUCUGUGUCAGCUGGGAGUCUGCCUCUGGGAUUGUGGAAUUCUGGAUAGAUGACAAACCUGUUGGGAGGAAGGGCUUGAGGAAGGACUAUACAGUGGGGGCGGAGGCAAAGAUUAUCCUGGGACAAGAGCAGGAUUCCUUUGGGGGACAUUUUGAUGCCAGACAAUCCUUUGUUGGGGAGAUAUGGGACGUGUCCCUAUGGGACUAUGUGGUUCCCCUGGAGAAGAUGUCUGACAGGUGUGAAAGGGGCAACAUUAUAAACUGGCAGAAACUUACUUAUGAAAAAAGUGGCUAUGUGGUGAUUAAGCCCAAAAUGUGGGAUUAAGUUUCUUUCUUGUCAACCAUAAUUUGUGUUUAAUGAUACUCACAUGCACCAUGAAAUUAAAACUUUUUUUUUUUUGGCUCUG